GAGCGUCCCACCGGCCAAAAUGGCGGCGGCCGUUGGUGUGGGGUCUCGGUUGUAGUUCCGUUGCUCUACUCCUCCCGUUGCAAAAUGUGAAAGGAGGAGCGGCUGGUGGAGGGCGUCCUACGCAAUGAGUCGGCGAAGGAAAUAUGGGGACAGCCCUGGCCUGAAGAACACGCCGCGCAAAGCGGCGGCGACUGAGGAAUGCAGCUCGGUGGUCGAAACGGGGAAGAGGCGGCUGAGGUCGGCCCGCGGUUCAGGGCCCUGUGGGGCUGGAGAGAGGCCUCCCCGGCCCCUGCCGCAGCAAGAGCAGCCUCCAGUAGCCGCUUCGUGCAGUAAAAGUAACCCCGAGGGUGAGACGUGGGCAGCGGGGCCUCCCUGGGCUUCGGUGCCGCAGCUUCAGAAGCCAGCUCGUGACCGGGAAACCCCGGGUGCAGAAAUGUAUGAAACACCAAAGAGAAUGCUGCAAAUGGAUUUAUUGUCAUCUACCUUCAGUUCUCCUAAUGAUCCAGAUGGACAGAAUGAUAUCUUUUGGGAUCAGAAUUCUCCAAUGACAAAACAGUUAGGUAAAGGAAGAAAAAAGCAGAUUUACACCACAGAUAGUGAUGAAAUCUCACAUAUUGUUAAGCGUAUUGCUCCUCAGGAUGAGAAACCAACAACAGACUCCAUGCUGGGCGUGUGGAUUGGUGCAACUGCUAUUCCUUGCACUCCUAGUGUAGCAAAAGGAAAAUCAAGAGCAAAACUCAGCUGCGCAAAGUUAAAAUCACAAAAUCAGGAGGAGGAACUUAUGAAAUUGGCUAAGCAAUUUGAUAAAAAUAUGGAAGAGCUAGAUGUGAUUCAAGAGCAAAACAAGAGAAAUCAUGAUCUUAUCCAGAUGAUUUCAGAAGCAGAGACUUUAAAUAAUUACAGAGAUAGUGUACAGACGCAGUUGCUACAUGAUAUAGUUCCUGAAAUCGAUAAUGCUAUGAUAAAGAAGCCAGUGAAAGAAAACAGGAUAUUUGUAGUAAAUGAUCAAAAUAGCAGUCAGAAAACAUUUGACCAAAACGCUGAAGCAGCCUUUAUCGCCAUUUUUGAUGGUUCUACUCAGAAAUGUAGUGGACGGUUAAGCCAAGAUCUGUCAGAUGCUUUCUUGAACACCAGUAAUACUACCUUUGGAAAGAAAAACGCUUUGAAAGAGGAGAACAUCAUUACUAAUGAAACUCUGGUCACUGAAAAACUGCCAAAUAAAACCAAAGGAUCACUUUCUCGUCAAGUAGAUAAUCCUGGAAUGACAAAAUCACAUGUGACUUCCUGUACUAAGGAACCAGGAGCUUUUAAUAAGCACAUUGAUACAUUUACUACCAGUGAUUUUGAGGAUGAUUGGGAAAACUUACUAAAUAAUGAACCUUUUGUUAUGCAAAAUAUUGAAAUGUCUGAACUUUUCCCUGCCCCUGAAACAGCCCAGAUUACUGAUCAAAAGGAAAUUUGUACCUUUAACAGUAAAAAUGGUAAAAGUAAGUCAGGAAUGAAUACAAGUCUAGAUACCAGGUUAAGAGAUUCAAAAAUUUUACAACAUCUUCCUUCAAAGACAUGGAACAGUGAAUUAACAGAUGCUGCAAAAUACAGAUUUUCACCAAAGCCGAAUGAUAAACCAAAUAAAUUAUCAUCCACUGGAAAUAAAUUGGAGAAAUCUUUUAAUACAAUUGUUGUUCAAGACAAAAUUCAAGACUGUGCAGUUGCAUCUAAUCUGGCAAAAGUAAAUGAAGAUACUCAUAUUAAAUUUACUUCUAAUGUAAAUGCUUCUGAAAAAAAGUCUACUUUGAACCCAGGAUGUUCUAAUGAACAAAAAAAUAAGUCCAUUUUUAAUCAGUCUUUGAAGGCACCUACUAAUGUCGAGCCUUUAGGCUCUGCAACUUUGGGCAAUAAAACCAGUGUUUGUAACCCAAAUCAGACUAAUGCGUCAAAGCUUAGUUCUUUCUUUGAUGAUUGGAAUGAUACAUCAUUUACCAAUGAAAUUGUUAAAGCCUGUCAUCACUUAGAGAAUACCUGGGAAGCAGAUGAUGUAGAUGAUGAUUUAUUAUACCAAGCAUGUGAUGAUAUUGAAAGACUAACUCAGGAACAAGACAUUAGAGUGGACAGCAAGACAUCAGAAAGUGUACUUGGAAUCAAUAAUAGUUCUAAACAUGGAGCCAAAAAUGUGUUUACUACACCUAAACAAGGAAGUCAGUUAGUGCAAUCAAAGCAUUUGAAUCUGAACAGCGUUUCAGUGCAAACAUCUUCAUUGACAGAUAGCUUACAAAUAAAUAAAUCAAUGAAGAUGGAGAAAAGGGAAAUUUGUGGAAAUUCUCCCGGAUUUUUAGGUGCCACGACAAAUUUGACUAUAUAUUCUAAGAACUCAAAUCGUCAGAUCAAUAAUCUGCAUGUCUCUUGGAAUAACACUGAUGUUCCAAAACAAGUGAAUAGUUCCAAAUCGGUUCUUACAGGAAGUUCAAGUUUGAAUGUGAGUUCAGAUCAUAUGAGUACAGAAAUUGCUGCUAAUAAGAAGAAAUUGAGUACUCCACAUCUGUCGCAUAGCACCGUAACAGAUGAAGCUCAGAGUGACCUUAACAGAACAGUGAGAUUUUCUAAGUACAUGUUUAUAAAGAUGAAAAAUUCUCAGAUUCUUUCUCAGUUUAAUAACAAUUGUAUAACAGGAAGUAUUUCUGGUACCAAAAUCACACAGGGUUUGCAGAAAAAUAAAACUGUCAACCCAUUAUGUGGGAAGGCUUUUCAACAGCAGUCUUUGGUGAAAUUUUCUGAAUCUUUGAAACAAACUUCAAAAGAGGAAGAAGAGAAAAAUAGAAAGUAUUCUCCUGAAGAAAUUCAGAGAAAAAGACAAGAAGCACUGGUUCGAAGAAUGGCCAAAGCACAGGCAUCAUCUGUAAAGAAAGACAGCUCCCACUUAACUUGAUUUCUUUAAUGAAAUGUUACUUCGGAGGUAACAAAGACAGUUGAUAACUAUCUAUGAUAGGAAAUAUUUUUUCUUGAUUUCUCUAUGAGAAAUUUAAUGCUGAGUUAUAAAGCAUGGACUUCUACUUUAUUUAAUAAAUCAGUGUUUACAAUGGUCAAUGAAACCUUUCCUUGGAGAUGUAUAUGAAAGUAAUUGCAUGUAAGUUUUGGAAAUUCAGGAAAGUUAGCAAUUAUGUAGUAGAAUCAUACAGAGGAAACUAGUUUUAUUUUUAAAUACUGUGAUUGCAGAGGAUCAUCAAAAAAUAGAUAAUCCACUUAAUUUUUAUUGUAAUAAGUCUUUUCCUAAUACAAAGCUUCAACUUACUAAUAGAGACUAUUUCUUCAUAGCUUUAUUUUCAAUAACUGUUCCUUAAGGUUUUUAUACGUUUCUGAAUUUUAAUUAAUACUUCCAUAUUCUUAGGAACAUGUUUGGUAGGAAAUAAAGGACUUCAUAAGAAAAUUACUAUUUUCAAUUCCUAGUUUGUAAUAGAUGUGAAUUUAAAAUUUUCUAAAAUGUAGUACAUUUUGGAAACUUCCCACCAUUUUUAGGGAAAAUGCUGAUUUAAGAAGUUUAGUUUUGAAAGAAGAAUGUGGAUUAGCUAUAUAAGUAGUGUACCAUCAGUAACAUUUAGAACUGUCAGAAACUUUAGAUAUCAUCUGGUCCAGCUUCUUCACUGUAUAGGUGAGAAAUGAAUACUGUUAUUCCAAAAGUCAGAAGGCAAGUUGGAGCUGUGCUAGGAUUAGAAUGAUGUCUUUCAUUCUAGUGGAUACCUAGGCAAAUGGUACCAUUUGCUUCAGAGUAUUAAUUAGUACCUAAAAUAACUUGUUUGUGGGCGCAUUAAUUAUUUUAUAGUAUAAAACUUAAAAAAAGUAACUAAAAUACAUUAAGCGACUGAUAAUAAUGCUUAUUGUUUCUUGUAUUAAAGAAUUAACCAUUCCAGGAUAUAAAAAAUGAGAAUCUUUUUUCAAUUUUCCUAUAACUAUGUAAUUUUCCCUUGAUUAAUUUACUGACUUUGCUAAUUUGUUCUUCUCUGUUACUCUCUUUUUAAUUUUUGCUUGUUUGGAAUUUGCGAAGCCAGAAGUAAAAAUCUUAGCUGAGGGCAUAAGGACGGUAAGAAUGCUUUAUUUAUCCCAAAUGGCUUUAGGAGACCUGACGAAACUUAUAAAUGUGAAACACCUAUGAGGGUGUUCACCACUAUUCAGGUAUCUUAGAGCUAUGAUAAUAUCAAAGUAAUUAAAUGCAUUUUAAGGUAUUGCUCUAUAGAGAUACAUAAUUUUGAAAAUCGUAUUUUCAUAUAAACAGUGGAGUAACACAUUCUAGGUAAUGUUUAUUAUAUGCCUAAGAAUAUAUAAAAAAGUAUCUAAAUAAAUAUAGGUAUUUUUUCUAUGUAAGAAAAUGAAGAGCUGAGAAUCUAUCUUUUUCUAAACUGGCUUCACUGUGUUCUUACUACUCUUUGGAUAUCUCUACUUUUGCUUAAGCUCCCCCCUGCCUACCACUUGAUCUCUCUAGAAUGGCUUUAGCCUAUUCUGUCCAGUCAUUAAGACUCAGCCCAAUAAAUUUCAGUUGCUGUGACAAUUGUACCCGACCAUCCUUACUGGAAUUGAUUUCUUUUCUCUUAUCACUGUGGUACUUAUGUCUUAUAUCUUUUGUUGGACAAUUCUAUAAUGCCUUAUAUGUUAUUCAGUUGUAUAUGUAUUCUAGUAAUAUUUCUAAAAGUUCUUUGUUUGAAUCUCUUCCAUAAUUUUGUCAUAUUCUCAAUACAGCCUAUGCUACUAUUUACUUAACAGUUUUCUUUAAAGUGACCCCUUUUCUCUUUAAAGGCUGACUUAUAGUACUUAGGGAUGGGGGUGGAAGAGU